UAGAGCUGCUCUCUCCCCCCCUCCCCCGACGUUUUUAAACCAACUGACAGAACCUCUGAACCCCCAAACCUGAUCUAUCGACACCCAGCAUGGCAACGGCUAGUACUUCGGGACAGGCCACCUUCGGGCUUGGCCGGCGGAAGAAGAACCCUGGUCUACUGGACCAGAUUGGGAAGUUCUUUGGAGGGGACAAAAAGAGGAAGGGCAAGGGAUCAUUCCGGGGCUCUGCCGCUCCCCUCCAGGCUUCCCCUCGCCGUCGCGGGGACGAGAAUGCCGUGGUGCACUUCUUCAGAUCCAUCGUGUCCCCUCCUCCCCCCAAGUCCAGGUGGAGAGGACUUUCUGCCAGAUUAGGCCUGGGGGACCAGAGGUCCUCGCAGUCUCGCUCUGACGCCAGCAAAUCUCCCUUCAAAGGACAGAGCCGCCGGGGAGAGGGGGAAGGCACCCUGUCCAGGAUCUUCAAAAUGGGAGGAAGUAGAUCCGGUUCCCCAGCCAAACGCUGAUGUCACUUCCUUCCGAUCCCUUUUUAAUGAAGAAAAAGGUUGAUUUCAAACCAAGAGAAAAGAGGAGAAAGGAAGAAAUCUCUGCUUGACAGAUUCACGCGUCGCCCCGCUCUUAACGCACUAACAC